AUGGUGUCCCUCCGGGCAACUUCGCUGCUCUCCCUCCUCCUGUCCGCCGUGUCCCCGGUGUAUGCCGACACCUGCUCCGAUGUCGAAGCCAACACGGACAUCGAAGUCUCCAGCCCUCUCCAACUUGCCUAUACAGCGGAACAAACUGAAUACUGGUCGGCCUCUUGCACCGCACUGAAGCCUUCAUGCAUCAUCUUCCCCAGGUCUGCCACCGAGGUCGCGGCCGUCUUCCGGGUUCUCAACACCAACAAUGAGACGUUCGCCGUCAAAUCAGGCGGCCACAGCCCCAACAACUACUACGCCAGCGUCGACGGCGGCCCGCUCAUCUCAACCCAAAACCUGGACCACGUCCUUCUAGACCCAACCACCGGCGUCAUCGAUGUCGGCCCCGGCAACCGCCUCGACGGGAUCGCCAAGAAGCUGCAAGGCACCGGCUGGACCUUCGUAGGCGGCCGCAUCGGCAACACCGGCGUAGGCGGUCUGAUCCUGGGCGGCGGUCUCUCCUACAUGUCCGCGCAAUACGGAUGGUCGGCCUCUUCAGCCAUCUCGUACGAAGUCGUCCUCGCCAACGGCACCAUCGUCACAGCCUCCAACACCUCCCACCCGGACCUCUUCACGGCCCUCAAAGGCGGCGGCAACAACUUCGGCGUCGUCACCAACUACAAGCUCCAAGCCCACCCCCAAGGCGACGUCUACGGCGGCAACCUCGUCUUCCUGCGGACCCCCACCCUCGACGCCAAGCUCCUCCAAGCGGUCCGCGACUUCACCGAAUACAACACCGACGACCGCGCGGCCGUGAUCGUCACGGCGGAGCGCACCAACCUCAACCUGCUCGACUCGUGGAUCCUCUUCCUCUUCUACGACGGCCCAGAAUCCGCCGUCCCGGCCGGCACCUUCACCAACUUCACGUCCCUCAAACCCCUGACCAACACCCUCAAGACCCAGACCUACGCCAGCCUGAUGGCCGGCAGCAACUGGGUGGUGCUGAAGGGGUUCCAGGUGCAGAUCGGGACCGAGACGGUGCCGCUGCCGGCGGCGGCCGACGGCAAGGAGGUGCUGCUGGACGGGAUCCACGCGCACUGGCGCGGGCUGGCCGAGUCGGUGCUGCUGGUGCCGGGGAUCGUGGCGUCGAUUGCAUAUCAGCCGUUUCCGAGGCGGAUUGCCCAGGCGGCGAGGGAGCGCGGUGCGGAUUUGAUUGAUGCGGAUGCGGAUGCGGAUCGGUUGAUUAUAGAGUUGAAUUAUGCGUUUUUGAACCCGGGGGAUUAUGCGAAGAUGGAGGGGAAGAUGGUGCAGACGUAUGGGGGGAUUAGGGAGAGGGUGGUGCAGUGGCAGGGGGAGGGGAAGUUGCCGGAUGUGUAUUUGCCGGUGUUUAUGAAUUAUGGGUUUUAUAAGCAGGAUUAUUGGGGGAGGUUGAAGCAGGCGAGUCGGGAUUUGGCGAGGGAUGUGGCGGAGAGGUUUGAUCCGGCUGGGUUGUUUAGGGAUCGGACGGGAGGGUGGAAGCCGUGA